AUGUCAAUCCCAAAGACGUCAUCAGUUCAAUCUCACCAACCAGAGGUUCAAGCCUCAGUCUACCCACUGUCUUACUCUGACUUCUCGUCACGACCCACUAUUAACAAUGCCCACCGCUCACGCCUCAUCGACUUCCUCCAAAGCCACAGACGGCAACUCCAGCGUCGACACAAUGACCUCUGGAGCCAACAGCUCCGCAGCCGCUUCUUCAACAAACAAGCCGGCGAGACCUUCCAAACAUCGAGAAUGCCAGAAGAUGAGUACGGGAUUCAUACAACAAAGGCCACAGACGCCAACCUUAGCGUCGACACCAUGACCUCCGGAGCCAACAGUUCCGCAGGCGCACAUUCAACCGACAAAGACAGCGAAAGCCUCUCCCAGACAUCCCAAGCAACCAAAGAUGAAAACGGAACGCAUACGACGAAGACAUUGGAAAGCCGCGGCGCUGAGGGGAAGAAGGAUUCGAGAACGUCAGAGGGAUCGGCUGUGCAGGAGCAUGAGGAGGCUGGUAACGAUGAAGGUGUGUUUGCGAAAGCUGGGAAUGCGUCUGCUGCUGUUGGAGGAGCGGUUGCUGGGGUGAGGGGUGGCAAGGCGGUGGUUAGUGCAGAGUGA